AUGCCUUUCAAUGGAGCAAUGCUGACAAACGAAAACGUGCUGGCAUCUCUCGACACGCUGACGGACUGGAGGGCCAGGGUUUUGUCAAUUCUAGAAGGCGACCGGGUCCUCUGUGUCGACUCGCUGGCUUCGAUCCACCAGCGCGUGAUCCAUCUCGCCAUCAUUAGAGCCGGUGCUACUGUGGCGUUUGCCCACCAGGGGCUGCUGACCUUGCGGGAGGAUGUCGAGUCAUUGCGUCCAACAAUGAUUGCUGCAUCCGGAGGAAUCCUGCCGCUGCUCCACUCAGCAGCUCGCCGCACACUAAAGCAGAUGGGCCGGCUGCGACGCUUUAUGCUGCUUCUCAAGCUACGGUGGCGCGCUCGGUCGUAUUGGCGAACGGGUGACUUGGAGCUGCAAAGGUUAUCGCCGUUUGAAGACCUGAAGGAGAAACUGGCUAGCGUUCACACUAUCAUAGCAGCCCCAGCGUUGGUUUCCAGUGAGAUUAUAAAAGAACUGCAGUUGAUGUACUCCAUAAGCAUUGUCCAUGCCUGCUGCUCCCCUGAAACCGGGAUUGCAUUUUCUAGCCGCCAGCAGAACAGCAGCCCGUCAGACCCUCAGGACUUCCAGCGAAUGCGAGCGGCGCCUCUGGGGUGGGCGUCUCCGGUAGUUACAGUGGCUCUGGAGGAACUGAAUGCCACUGACGACGCAGAGUCGAUAGAGUUCCACGCAGAUGAAGUGCCCGGCAGGAGAGCAGUCACUUCCCCUCUGGUCUUGAAUGCUUCUCUGAAUGACGGGGACAAUGUCAAGGCUGUAGAAAGCGCGACUCCUUUGGAAAUGACUCGACCUAGUGUUCGAGGUAGCAGCAAAGGCCACGCAGUGACAGAGGGGGAGGUUGUCAUUCUGGGGCCGUGCGUAUCUGUUGGCUAUUACCGGCACCAAACUGCUUUCCAGCGGCAACUGACGAGCCGAGGAAUGUACAAAACGGGCCUGGUGGCCGUUUAUGCGGGGCCGGAUUUGCCUCUUCGGAUUGUCAGCGCGUUGUCUCGCAACCUUUUGACUGCUGAAGGGGAAUUCAUUGACUUAGAAGAAGCCGAAAGACAAAUCCGAAAAGUCCCAAUAGUUCGCCGCGCUUUGCUCUACGCGGAUGACUUCCAUUCGCCGCUUGUGGCGAUCAUCCAGCCAAGGAGAAGCGCAGUGCUGCGCUGGGCGAAGACACGGUUUGCCUUUUCCGACGAAUACGGAGCGUCUUACGAAGAUAUUGUGUCACUUCCAGCGCUGCGCGCGUUCGUGCUAAAGCAGAUUGAAGAAGAAACGCUGCUGACUCUCGACACAUUCGAGAGACCCAAGGCUGUCUACUUAGUGCCCCACGAUGUGGAACUCCCCAUUGGAGUGUUUGAAAAAGAACACCGACAAAAACAAAACAACUAUAUCAUUCUGCGGCGCCACCUGGCGGACGCAUAUGCGAAGCCCAUUAGGGAGAUGUACGCUUCGCUGUCCAUGUGA